CUUGAUGGGACAAAAAAUACCGUCUUCUUCAGAGGUAUUUGUGCAUCGCAGCAGAUUCCUUCUUGCUGAAAACAAGACCAUGAAUCUCUCAUGUCCUGCUUAGAAGCGACCGGCUUCUUGGACCGACGGAGAUUACCGGAUUUUGGCUGGAUACUAGAAAACCGAACUAAGCCACCUCAUCUUUGAUCUGCUGAAAUCUCUCUGGCACUCCGAGGUGGCCGUGGGAUGUGAUGGGCAACAAGUUGAGCUGUUCGUGCGCCCCUCUCAUCCGGAAGGCGUAUCGGUAUGAGGACUCACCGUGGAAUAACUCCCGCAGGAGAGACGGACAUCUGCUCAGGCUCUGGGCGGAGGUUUUCCACGUGAGCUCUUCAACGGGAGCCGCCAGAUGGCAGCAGGUGUCGGAAGACCUUGUGCCGGUGAACAUCACGUGCAUACAGGACAGUCCCGAGUGCAUCUUCCACAUCACAGCUUACAACUCGCAGGUCGAGAAGAUCCUCGACGUCAAGCUCGUCCAACCAGGUACGCGCCUCGGGCAGGCCUCGGAAUGCUUCGUGUACUGGAAGGAUCCGACGACGGGAGAUACCUGGGGUCUAAACUUCACUUCGCCGGUCGACGCCAAACAGUUUCGGGACUGUUGCCAACUGAAACUGAAGCCCGGCAAACGCGUGCCCCAGUCAACUCCGAGUUCUCCUUCGAAAGCAAGUGGUCGCGAACCUCGAUGUACAUGUGCCAUGACUAUCGAGCAGAUGCAAAGGGCGAAGAACGGAAGAGCCCGGUACGCAGCUUCUAUAGCUGCAGGCUCCCUGCCCACCACGCUUCCAAGGGAGUACGGCCGGCUGUCCAACCACCCUUCCAGCCAGUCCGUCUAUGACAAUGUCUCCACCUCCCUCAGGAGGUCCACGCCCAUUCCCAACGCGGUCAAGCAAACGCGCAGCGAUGUUAACUUAUCUACUAUCGGACAGCGAGAGACCAUCUCUCGCACCGAGUUGGCCCGCGCCAAGUUCGCCCAGGCAUCCAUGGGUGCUGGCGAGGAUGCAAAGAGCGUUGACUAUGGCAUGGGAAUGGGUGCCAUCCUCCGCAAGGCAUCCAGCCAGGACAUACGCGAGGGCAGCAUAAAAAGUAAAAGCACGGAUAAUGUCAACACCUCUGCAGCUGGUACAAUGACGUCAGGCGUCGAAACGAUACCCAAAAAACCCCUUUCCGCCACUAGUUCAGCCACAGAAGAUAAGCUCAAAACUCCACCAAAGCCUCCACCAAAACCUGAACCACCCCCUAAACGGAAAAGCUCAAGGGGUGCUCCAAGUGGCAAUAAGACAACUUCUAAGGAAUCCACUGGGGCCUCUACCGGAAUCUCCAAGAGCUCGAAACAAGCCUCUGCCAAGCAGGGCAAGUCCAGCACUAAAAAGAAAUCAACAGGUGCCAAGAAGCUGGAUGUGCCGGACAGGGAACGCUCUCCUCCCUCGGACAACCUGCUAUAUGACAACCUGUGCUACGCGACAACCCCAAGCACAAGCAACGACAACAGUGAUGUGCCCUUUCUCAGCUCAGAUGAUGAUGAAGAACGAGAAGAAGAUAGGGAGGCGAAACCGAAGGAGAAGAAGCGCGCUGAGGGCAAAGCGGCGAGCUUCAAGAAGGGUGCAGUACCCUCGGCAGCCAACUCUCCCACCAGCAAAUUGCUCAUGGAAUAUGAAAUGCACCUGAGGAACGCGCUGGCCCGCGGACUCGAUGCCGAGAGUUACAGUCUUCAUACCUUCGAAGCCUUACUGACUCAGAGUAUGGAAAAUGUGGUUGCUUUAAUGCGAGAAGUGCACGUGGAACUUGAAGAGGUCCGCAAGGAAGAGCAAGCCCUGCAGGCACACGAUGAGCCAGAGGGAAGUCGAGCCUUCGCCAACGCAAGGUCCACGACGAGCGGUCCAAAGUCAAGCACACUCCCCUUACCUGGAUCUACCCGCCAGCCACCCCACCUUGCCGCCAGGGGAGACAACACUCCCCUUCUGCCCAGAGCUUCCGUCGAGAGCACCGAUUCACGCAUCUACCUGACUUCCUCUGAGAUGUCUGACGACGACCGAUUGUCCCUGACGACUGCCGUGAGCGACGAGGAAGAAGGGGGGUCCGCGGACCCCCGGGCGACCGCGCACCCCUCCAGCAGCUCCCGGAGAGCGGCGGCCGCCGCUUCCUUCAACUGCACGGGGGCCGUCAGGAAGGCCGGGUUCCUCAGCGUGAAAAAGUGGCUCCUGAGGAAGCGGCAGCAAGUAGAACUGGCCAGAAAGCGGGGUUGGAAGGGCUACUGGGUGUGCCUGAAGGGUACCACCCUGCUCUUCUACCCAUGCGACAACCGGGACGGCCGGGCCAUCGACACCACCCCCAAGCACCUGAUCAUCGUGGACGGCGCCAUCAUGCAGCCCAUCCCCGAGCACCCCAAGAGGGAUUUCAUCUUCUGUCUCAGCACGGCCUUCGGGGAUGCCUACCUCUUCCAGGCCCCGUGUCAGGUGGAGCUGGAGAACUGGAUCCACAGCAUCCACAGUGCUUGCGCUGCUGCCUUCGCCAGACACCGGGGCAAGACGGGGACCCUGCACCUGUUGCAGGAGGAGAUCUUCAGACUCGAGAAAGAGAUCGAGUCGGAUUCCCGGAUGAAGCACAUGGCGGAGCUUCAGCUAACUGUGGUAGCGGACGCCGACAGCCGGCACUCGCUCACCGACCAGAUCUCGCAGUGGGAAGAGAAUCUCGAGAGGCUGCACUGCGAACAGUUCAGGCUCAGAUGCUACAUGUCCUCCCUGCAAAACUCUGAGCUGCCUAACCCAAAGAGCCUUCUGACGCACGUGUCAAAGGGCACGAAGAGCAUCCUGAACAAGCUGGGAGUGUUCACGGUGUCUUCCUUCCACGCCUUCAUCUGCGCCCGCAGCCCGUCUCUGCUCACCAACCUGCUCUCGGGAAGGGGCGCCACCAAGAGGAGGCCUCGGCUGCCGCCCCUCUCCAGGUCCAACAGCAGCAAAUGUCACGUUAAGUUUUACCGCAUUAAAAGGCAAGGUACUUCCUGUUCUCCCUCAGCAUGCAGAAGGUCCUUGAGCCUCUCGGCUACCUCUAGCCAAAGCACAGAGCUUCCCACCAUUAUCGGACGGACGGUCAAGGUGCUCCUACCAGAGGGACAGUCUGUGACGAUAUGUGUUCGCGACAACAUGACUGUGGAGGACGUCCUGUGGACUGCUUGCCUCAAAAAGCAGUUGGCCCCCUCCGACCACUUCCUGCAUAUCAAACAGGACAACGAACAAUAUUACACGCCGCCCCCCACAGAACUCUUCGAAAAUCUAGCAUACGAUGAGGUGGAGAUCUGUGCUAAAGUGCUCUAUCAGGUGGAACUUCUGCGUUGCAACCUCGAAGUACUUUUCGGGUUCAGCGUAGAGGCAGAACUCAUAGAGAACGCUGAUCACCAAGACGAGCUGUGCGUCUACGUGAGCAGGGUAGAGGAAGGUAGUCAAGCAUGGGAACAGGGUAUAAUGAAGGGUGAUGAAAUCAUGGUGAUUAAUGGGGCCAUCGUGAGCGACCUGGACAUGAUGUACAUCGAGAGUGUGCUGCAGGAGGAGCUCUCCCUUUGCAUGAUGAUGCGAUCGAGCCGGACGGAGCCCCCGGACCUUCAAGGGGUAGUUUUGCGCACCACCGACGACUACAUCGAGUCUUUGGUGUGUCCUCCACCGCCUUCCGACUCUGCCAUCAGCGAGGAAAUGAUAGACAAGCUCAUCGUGCCCUCGCCUCUCUACGGAGACAUGGAUAAAGAAAAAUCUCCGGAAACAUCUGGGAGACCGACCCCCUCUCCUACUCCCAUGGCCUGUCAAGAUUUGUUAGCAAGUCAACUCUCGGCAGAACAGAUAGAGACUCUCAUAAAGACUGCCGAGCAGGUGACGGAAUAUUGUCGUAUGCCUCUGGAGCAGCGCCGCCUGUCCAGCCUGGCGGGCAGCAGCGCUUCUAGUGGCUCCUUCACCCUCAAUCCCCGACAGCUUACCGAGGCCGAGAAGCUCAGGAAAGUCAUUAUGGAGCUCAUCGAAACAGAGAAGACAUAUGUCAAGAAUUUGUGCUUUCUAUGUGACGGGCGUGCCCACCACGGCGAGCACCUGAACAGCCUCCUGGAACAUUACCUGGAGCCAAUGAAGAAGGAAACUUUCCUGUCCAACUCCGAGGUGAACGCCCUCUUUGGCAACAUCCAGGAGAUCGUCCAGUUCCAGAGGGUCUUCCUGCAGAGUCUGGAGGAGGCAGUCAACUCGGAGCCAGAUUUUCACAGGUUCGACCACCCUGCACAGUUCAAGAAUGUUUUGUUCGCUCUAGGAAAUUCUUUUCUCUACUAUGCCGAUCAGUUCAAAUUGUACAGUUCCUUUUGUGCUAGUCAUUCGAAAGCUCAGAAAGUCUUACAUCCAAGUAAAUGUAAAGGCCUCCGUAACAAGGACCAUGUAUGCCCGGCUGCUGGAGAAAGCAACUCAGCCCUAUUGGAGUUCCUGCAGUCUCGGAAUCCGAAGGGCCAGCACUCGUUCUCCCUCGAGUCCUACCUCAUCAAGCCCAUCCAGAGGAUCCUCAAGUACCCGCUGCUUUUGCAGCAGCUCAAGCAUCUCACUGACCCCAACUCGCAAGAGCACCUACAUCUCUCGGAGGCUCUGAAGGGAAUGGAACGGGUAGCAGAGCAUAUCAACGAGAUGCAGAGGAUUCAUGAAGAAUACGGCGCCAUUUUCGAUCACCUCUCCAGGCAGCAUUACAAGAGCUCUAGGCAGCAUGUUGACUUGAGCCCCGGCGAGCUUCUGUAUUACGGCGGAGUGGAGUGGCUCAACAUCUCCGAGUUCCUGGGCAAGAUCAAGAAGGGUCUGGAGCUACAUGCCAUGUGCUUCGUCUUCAAGGCAGCUGUCGUUUUUCUCUGCAAGGAGAGGAUCAGGCAGAAGAAGAAACUCAUGGGUGGCUCCAGUAAAAGUGGUUCAACAGAAGUCGAAAUCAUCCGUUACCAAGUUCUCAUCCCCGUGACGGAGGUACAAGUACGAGCAGGGUGCGUAAAGGAGGGAGAUUCCCAUUUUCUCUGGGAGCUCAUUCACCUCAGGUCGCAGCUGCAAAGAAGAUCAGAGAAGAUCUACCAGUUAUCUAACAGUACCAGCGAAUUUCGAAACGCCUUCCUUCGCACCAUCCGGCAAAUCAUCCGAGAGAGCGUGCGUAACAUGACAGUGCCUGUGAACAAGCCCAUUCCCAAAGACAAGUCCGGUGGAGGAGGAAGCGCCACGAUGAGGCGAUCUGGGGUUGAAUCCAGUGCCAAUCCGGUCAGUAUGGCCCGGACAUUGAGUGGCAAGAAACGGCCUAAGACGACACAGAGGCAUUCAGCAGGCAACAUGGAUCAACAGGAGGUGAUGGCCGAGACUUAUGACAACCUCGAUCAGCAGAACUUCCACACUCCUCGCAGCAAGACGGUGACUGAUGGCAUGGAUGAUAUGGACGCCUCGGAGCGGUCGGACUCAGAACACCAGCAUCGGCUGGGGAGAUCUUCGAAUUCCAUUGGUAAAGGAGGACUGGUGUAUGUUCAAGCAGCCCACGAUAAGGCUGGAUCACCAGUCUGGAAGCUGAGGGGGGAAGGGGAUAGGUCCGCUACUCUUCCCCAUCCGGUCAAAGGGCGCGAUCACCACCACCAGCAACAACAGCAGCAAUACUAUGACAGCAAUGCCCCUCUAUAUAAGAAGGACCACUGCACCUCCUCAGGACUCGCCAAGCCUCCUCUGGAAUGUUAACAUCGUCUGUCACCAAUGCCUUUGUAAUUUUAGGAAAAUUCAAAUUGUAACUGAGCCCAUUCAGGGCGGACUGAAUGUUUUCUUCAUACUGGUUUUCUCUUCCAA